AUGGAUAGUUAUUUAACCCUCGAAACCCAAAUUAAACAAAAAAACGAAAAGGAAGAAAAGAAAGCAGAAUUUUGCGAUAAUAUAGCCCAUGACACUGAUAGCAACGUUCAUAUGAUAAAAAUUUGUAAAGAAUUUGUAAAAAUUUUUUUGUAUUCAAAAAAAGAAUAUAGUGGUAAAAAUUCAACUGUGAAAAGUAAAUAUUAUAAAUUCUUGAAUUAUUGGUUAAAUCGUAAUUUAAUUUCAUUAGCAAGAUAUGACUACGUAAAGGAUGUCUUUUACAGGCACAUUAAUAUAAACUUAUAUACAUUUGGAGCCACAAAUGAAUUAAAUGACAAAAUUUAUGAAAUGGAAAUCAGUACUAUUAAAAAUAUGAGUAUGUUAUAUAAUUUAUAUAAACAUUAUUUGGAUUUAAAACAUGAACAAGGUAAUUUUUACAAAACAUUCGUUAAGGAACUCAAAGAUAAAUAUAAUGAAGCCUUGGAAAAAUGUUUUAGCGGAGGAGGAAGCAAAUUCUGUAACGCAUUAAACGAUUUUAAAAACUUUUAUGAAAAUGAUAGACCAAAAAUGAAAAAUGUACUACUGGAAAAAUAUGUCCAUCAUUACCAGAAUUUAUAUUACCAAAAAUCAUAG